AUGGCAGAUUUAUCAGCAUUACCCUCGGUCGAGAAAUUAGCGUCGCAAUUAGCCAAAUCGGUGAGUUUGCCGCGUCCAUUAAUCAAUGAAUUCGUGAGGCAGAGGCUGGGGGAGUUUCGGACUCGUUUAUUAGCUGAGGAAAAAAUUGAGAGAGCAGAGAUUGAGAAUGCGGUGGAGGUGGGCUUGAGGCAUUUUGCGGCGGCACGGUUGAAGCCAGUGAUUAAUGGCACGGGGGUCUUGAUCCACACAAAUUUAGGAAGAUCUCCUCUUGGGGGUCGGGCGGCGGCGGCGUUGAUGGAGAUUGCGACGGGUUAUAGUAAUUUGGAAUUUGAUCUACCGAGCGGAAAUCGUGGGAAACGGGCCGGUUAUUUAGAGACGGCUUUGGCAUGUUUGUUAGAGACGGAAGCGGCGACGGCGGUGAAUAAUUGCGCGGCGGCUUUGGUUCUGACUUUGCGUACUUUGAUGGAGGAGGGCAAAAAUGAGGUGAUUGUGUCCCGGUCUGAAUUAGUAGAAAUUGGUGGUGGGUUCCGUGUGCCGGAUAUUUUGGAAACUUCUGGGGCGAAGCUUGUCGAAGUGGGAGCGACGAAUAAGACGAAUAUUGAUGACUAUGCGAAGGCGGUGACGGAGAAGACGGCGUUGAUUUUAAAAGUUCAUCGAUCAAAUUUUUACCUAGGUGGUUUUACGGGCGAGCCGGAUAUUGAGGAAUUAGCGAAGCUCUGUGGAGAGAGAAAGAUUCCUCUGGUGGAAGAUCUAGGUUCGGGGGCGAUGAUGAAUACCGAUGAUUUGGCGCCGAUUGACCACGAGCCGACACCGAUGGAGGCUUUGAGGAGAGGAAUUGAUCUGGUGACAUUCUCGGGCGAUAAACUUUUAGGAGGACCGCAGUCGGGCAUUAUUGCAGGUCGGGCGGACUUAGUGGCGCGGAUUAAAAAGGAACCGUUUUUUAGGGCGGUGAGGUGUGAUAAGUUAAUUUUGGCGACCUUGCAGGAAUCGAUCGAUGAGUAUCUGGCGACAAAAAAUGAUGUCUCGCAAACGGAUGUGCCGAUUCUCAAAUUUCUAACCUGUGGGAUGGAUGAUUUAAGAAAAAGGGCAGAGACACUGAAGUCGCAGGUUGAGGAUUUGCCCUCUUCGGUGGAGGUGGUCGAGACGGUGUCACGAACUGGAGGUGGGACGAUGCCGAAAGCUGAGUUUCCGUCCAUAGGGCUGAAGAUUACGCCCUCUGAAAUAUCGGUGGAGGAUUUUGCGGAGAAAUUAAGAACGGGUCAAAAUGCUUUGGUGGGAUAUGCGGCGGAUGGGGCGUGGUAUUGUGAUAUGAGAACCAUUUUUCCUGCACAAGAUGAGCAGGUUCUCGGAAUUCUUAGAGAAGCUCUUUAG